ACUGUCAUUUCAAAAGACCGUUGAACGGGAUCGGUAGUUGGCCACAGCGUUACGGAUCGCACGCGUCUCUAUACAAAACUCGAGAAAAUCCCGGUGAAGUACCGUGAAAUGACGAGCGUCUGGUAGAGUGCAAGUUUGAUAAAAAACAAUAAAAAAUAAACAAAUUACCACUUGAGUGUUCAAACCAUUUAAUAUGGCAAAAAAGCAGGUGCUAGUUUUAACCCUCCUGUGCCUGGGUUCGCUUUUUUUCGAAACCGUUCGGACUUCCACAGAAUAUAAUCGCUACCUGGCCCAGAUAUUCCAAAAAUACGGCAAUGGCGGGACAAUCAACUUUGAGGGUCUUGAGCAUUUGAUGUUUAGCUUAAACUUGGGUCAAAUCCAAUUCGAACCCUCACAUACGAUUGAUCAGCAUCGACCUCAAGGAUACUCCAACGAGACAACAAACAGCUCAAAUAUCACAUAUUACUUUGAGCCAACACGAGUUAAUACCACCGAUGAGGAAGCUUUGGAGGUGCAAAUUUCAACACCCAGUAAUCUUGGCCCUGAGGUUCCGGAAUUCCUAGAAAUUCAUGACCCCAAGCACAGGCAUCCACGAGAGAGCUCAGAGCCAGUUGCUGCUUGCUUAUCGCCAAAGUCUUUAUUAUCCCUUCUCGUGGACCACAAUGAUCUUCACAAAAACAGCGCCUACCAAAAAUUGCUGAAGAAGAAUGGAGACAGUUCAACUGAUGCUAAUCACAAUUCAGAGGAGGAGUACAACGAGUUCAUUAACUCCGUACGAAUUACCCCACGAGCUUUUAUGAAACUGUGUCCAGCCCUUUUGGCUCAAAUCGAUAAUGGAGUUUGCAAGCAACCAGCUCCUCGAUCAGAAAACCUAAACGAUAAGAACCAAAAGAUUUGGUACGCUUGGAUAUAUGCCAGCAUCACCAUGCUAAUUCUCUCUGCUUGCGGAUUGCUUGGAAUUCUUUUGGUUCCUUUGAUGAAAACCGCUGCGUAUCAAGAAAUCCUCAAGUUCCUGGUGUCCAUUGCUGUGGGCACAUUAGCCGGCGAUGCCCUUAUGCACUUGCUCCCGCAUGCUCUUUUUAAGGAGGAGAAACAUGAGGAGGAGGUGACUGGUAUUAAUCCAUUGGAAUCAGACCACAAACAUAGCAAUGAGGCUGCUCUGCUUUGUGGCUGCUCCUUCCUGGCUGCUCUUUUUAUGUACAUGCUGGAGAAUCUGAUUCCCUUGCUUAAAGGAGGUAAACCAGGACAUGGACAUAGCCACGGACAUGGUCACAGUCACAGUCAUAAUCAUAUGGAGAAGCCAGCUCCACAUGAUGGUGCCGAAUUGCCAGCACCUCGAGAACUUAACGUGAUGCUGCAGGAGUCCAAAUUGGAUGAGAAAACUCCUGAUCGGCCACUCACUCCAGUGGCCUUCAUGGUAAUCAUCGGAGAUGGGUUGCACAAUCUCACCGAUGGCCUGGCCAUUGGGGCUGCCUUUGCCAGUGAUCCGGUCACAGGUUUUGCCACCGCAUUUGCAGUCCUCUGCCACGAGUUGCCCCACGAGCUUGGAGAUUUUGCCCUGCUCCUCCAAACAGGUGUCUCCAUGCGAAGAGCUGUUUACAUGAAUAUUGUGAGUUCAGUUCUUAGCUUUGUAGGCAUGUCCCUGGGUCUUUUCAUUGCCGGAAUCGGAGAUGGUAUGACCCAAUGGAUUUAUGCAGCCACUGCAGGUUCAUUCCUUUAUAUUGCCUUUGCCGAUCUAGUGCCCACAAUGAGCGUGGCCCACAAUCCGGAGAUGGCGAAAGAUCCGAAAGGUAUAAUUAUACAAAUUUUCGGUAUUCUUUUGGGUGGACUGAUAAUGUUAGUUAUAGCUUUGAAUGAGCACGAUUUGGAAGGUCUGUUUAAGCGCUUUUAAAAGCAACUCUCAAAACAGAAUUAUUUCUUUUCUUUUUGUAGAUAGUAUUUUAAGCCUAUGUUUCUUUGAAAUCUCCGAUUCUCUGCCUUCUUCAAGCAUGCCUUAAAUGUUAAAGAUGAAAUCGCUACCAAAUGUUUCUUAGUUUUAUAGAAAUCUCUCAAAUUUUGUAAAAUAGAUUAAAAGUGUUUUAAAGAACCAAUUAAAAUAAAACUGUUUCCUGUUCAAAUAGGAUAUACUGAAAAUUAAAAGGAUUUAUAAUCUUCAAAUCAUUCCUUAAAAGUGGCCACAAGUGUUCCGUAUGUAAAAUUUAGCUCUUUUGAGCACUGAAUUUAUUUUAAUUUGUGUAAGCUUUUCAGAAUUUCAUUCCAUAAUUAGUUUAAAUAUUAAGUAAUAGAGUUGUUAGUAUGUACUUUUUAAAGACGGUUAUGCUUUUGUAACAAACUGGGGCGCUCUUUAAUGAUUUACCUUUUAACACUUAUUGUAUAGCUUUAAAUAUUAAAGAACGUUUUAAGAUAA